AUGGCAGAGCCCAUCCAGCAGCUGACGAGAAACAACAGCCCCCAGGAGAGACAGAGCGUCCCCUUCACGGUGCUGCAGCGCAAGGAGAAGCUUGGAGAUCUGCUUUAUGAAAAACGUCAGUAUGGAAAAGCCAAGUGGGCUUGUAUAAAAAUGAAAGAAAAACAGUACGAACAGAGCAUAUGCCUGGGAUUCAUGAAGCUGAUGAGGUACAUUUGUGAGCAGAACUCCUCAGGCCUGUACCUGGGGAUAACGAUCCCCAUCGUGACCAUCGUGCACACGGACGAGUCUCGCUCGGCGGUGACGCGCGCGGUGACGGUGGCGUACUACCUGCCCGAGGCGCUGCAGGAGGAGCCGCCGCAGCCCUUCGACCACGACAUCGUCAUCGAGGAGUGGCCUUCCACUAUCGUGUACAGCAGGAGCUUCAGAGGAAUCACCAAUGAGGACUCCAUAAUGAGGGAAAUAAACCUGCUGGCAGAAAUUCUGGAGAGUCCCGAGCUGUGUUUGCAGGAUACAUUCAUCAUUGCGGGAUAUACAAACCCAGCUGCUGCUAACCGGAUCAAUGAAAUAUGGUUCCUCCAAAGACCAUAG